CUGUCUCACUGUUCAUGUGUAUGUGUGUUUUUUUCUUCUUUACUGAAUACGAGGUAGACCAUCUGUAUAUGCAUGCGUGUGUGUAUAUGUGAUAAAAGCCUUGCAUGUCGCACAAAAACGUUCUCGAUCGAAACUCGGUCGAUUUGGUGUACAUAGGAACUGACUUUUAGUAAGCAUGAACAAGAUGGCCACCUCGAAACUCGUUCAAGGACUAUUUGUGUGUGUCUGUUGCUGUGAGAGCUGAGAUUGGAGGAGCCAAAGAGUCCAGCACCACAAAUAUGUUAUCUUCCCUUCACUCGAAACAUUGUUGCCGAUCUCACCUCAUCACUUUAGAGAGUGCCCGUGUUUUAACUACAACAUUUUACUGAUGCCGCGCAUGAAUCCCGACUCAUUAAUUCCGGAAUCGUAUUCCCGCGUCUCCAUAGGCAACCUGAUCGAUGAAUCAGGGAAGGGAGCAGGCAGCAGCUGGCAAGGAUGCGGCUUCCCUUUCCUCAUUUAAUCACAAGAAUCAUGCGCUACACAUAUUAGACGACCUACAGUUCGUUGUCCAAAUGGUACUAUAGGUUGUAGAAACCUUUCCCAUUUUGCUUUGAAUUUCGUCGGUAUUGUGCAUUGCCUGCAAUGCAUUGAGAGAUGCGUGCAUGCGUGUGGUUAUUUGCUCACUCACAUACGUGUACACGCUCAUAUGUACAACGUAGGGAAUCUGAUAAUCUAUUUAUUAGCUAUCUGGGACACGCCGCGAAACCUCCACUGAGGAAAAAGGGAGGGACAGAAACAACAGGUGACAGUAACACUUAUUUUACCGGCGAUAUAUCUGCCCUCUCAGGUGACAGGCGUCAGCCCAGCAACACAACUAUUCCCCUCCAUGUUGCAGGAGCCACUACACUUUGCAAACUUAGAGGCCAUUGCUUUUUCCGCCGAGUGUUUCCUGGCUGAUAUGCGAUACCGGGGAUACUUCACUUGCAUAUUUCGAAACUUCGUGACGAUUUUGUGGACAGCAGGAAGUCUAGGACAGACGUCGAGGAAUGAAAUUCUGAUCACCGGGAGAAAAACCCACAACCAGCUGACUCACUGGCAUCAAGAAGCAUGAUCUUCGCCUGGCUGCUGAGAAGGCGCGAGGAAGAUUACUUCCCCUGUCUUUUCCCCUGGGUAGUUUUCGUCCUAACGUUGGCCAUACGGGUGCAUUACGUCAACCAACCGCACAACUGGUGGGUCGUGCACCCCGACGAAAUUUUCCAGUCGUUAGAAGUUGCCCACAGCGAGCAGUAUGGCUAUGGAUUCCGCCCGUUCGAGUUCAUGGCACCAGAGGACGGUGCCAACGCUACCCUCGCCCGGCAGGUGGAACUGCACCACGGACUGUACGCCCUCCGCUCCUUUCUCGUGCCGCAAGCUUACGUCACAGUCACGUGGUUCCUGCACGUGCUGGGCUUCAACUUCCCACCUUUUGUGGUGUGGAAGACUGCCCAUGCCGUGGUUGCGUCCACUCUGCCGCUGGUGGUCUAUCGUUACGUCACUGCCGUCUUCCGGUCUCACGACACCGCGUCUCUGGCCGCCAUCUUCGUGGCGUCUUGCAUGAUGCUGCACGUUUUCGGCACGCACACCCUGCUGAACAGCCUCCUGGCUCCUCCAGUCUUUGCAGCCUUGACCCAUCUGCACGCGAUCGUGGCCCCGUCGUCCAACACGUCAGGCGUGACCGCGGGGAGUAACUGCGCGCGCAGCAGGCGUGAAGCAGACGACACUUACGAUGUGGGACGCCCGAGCAGCCGAGUGCAGCAAACGAGUAAAUCUAAGGAGCGAGCUGCAGCAACCACCACUGCUGCUUUCUCGAAGAUUCCGUCACAGCGAAACAGCCGUCAACGUCACGACCGGAGGGUGAGACCUAUUCUUCGAGAUGUUCUUGAUCCCAACAAAGACACCUCACCUUCCAGCGGCACUGUUGUCGACAGACAGACGAUCGGAAGUAAUUCUGCGCAUGACAGUGGGUCGCUGCAGGCAUUUCCGGCGACUCAUCACCUGAGUUAUCGGAGUAGCUUUACAGCAGGCGCCGUACUGGGGCUGUGCUGCUACGUUCGUACCGACGUGGUCGCACUGGGUCUAGCGGUCCUGCUGCCUCACUGGAGACCCUUCAGCACCCGAUAUCAAUACGUCGUUUCAGGAAUGUUUGGCGCCUUGUGCGGAGCUGGGGUAGGACUCCUGGACGACUUCAGGUGCUAUGGCUGGGGCAUUGCCUCUCCUUUAAACUGGUUCACGUUCAACGUGCAAAAAGACUUGUCCGCUGUCAUCUUCGGAGAGAACUCACCCCGAAGGUACGUCGAGGGGAUAUUUUUUCAAAAUGCCGGCAUGGCCAGUCUUUGUGUCGUAUCUGUAGUUGGCACCUUGCUUUCUUCUUUUAACAACAUAGCUCCGAAUACUGGAACCCGCGGACCAGACAAACGCUCGUUUGGGCCAUUUCUGCGCACGACGACAGCCUGGGUGACGCUGCUUCUGAUGUACUCGUGCAAAGGUCACAAGGAGCUGCGGUUUGUGCACAACGUCAUCGUUCUGAUGCUCAUCUCAUGCGCGUCUGCAGUCCACUCCAUCUUACUGACUCUGCGGCUCUCUCGCACUAAGAGCGAGCUUCUCCUCAACGUCACGCUGGCGCUUUUCGUCUACAGCCAAUGGCGGGACGUGGUUGGGCUGACGUCAUCGUCCAAUCCCAGUGGCAACAAAAUGGCCUUUCUCAAAUUCCCGGACAUUCAAGAUGUCAACAUUUGCCUGCGCUACGUCGCGAGAAGGCCUGACGUCAGAGGUUUAUUCAUCGACAAGGAUCUGUACGUUACGGGUGGAUACACCCUUCUCCGAAAGAACGUCUCCAUCUUCGGCUUCUGCAACAAAAACUUUCUCGAGUUUUCCAUGGCGUCUCGCCGUACGUUGCCGUCCCGUCUUUGGCUUGGUGCUCAGCGUCACGUGUCUGUGGCUUAUUUUGGAGACGUGUCCAACUACGUCUCCGUGCCCAAUUCUCACUACGUGAUGAAGUUCGUUUUAGAAGACAGAAGAUACAACUACAUCGUGGUCCAGAAGAACCACGGCAUCCAAUAUUUUGGACCAGCAGUCUUUCAGUAUGGAUCGUACGAGGUGUUUAAACGCGGCGACGACCCGGCAACCAACGCCUACCUGUCGCAGGUAGCGGCAACCAUCACACCUGUCCACAACGCCACGGUCCUCGAGCAUGAAGGUGACGUGCUGGUGCACCAUGGUGCUUGGGCACGUGCAGCCGAACGCUUUAAGGCGGCGAUGCUCGUGCAGCCUGAUCGUGUCAGCCUCUACGGUCCUCUGGUCGUCUGCUACAGGAAGCUGGGAGAGGAGGACCGUUCACAGACGGUGAUGGCAGAGUGCUGGCGCAGGUUCGGCGCAGCGGCAUGUCAAGCAACGAGAGGCAUUACACCUUUGUAGCACUGAUAUAGAAACUAAUGAACAAACCCUGUGACAGGAAAAUAAUGGGAGAAGGGGACUGAUAAAGAAACUAUACUUCCUUGAUUGACAGAAAUAAUUGAAAUACUUGCAACAAUCUUCCUAUGAAACAUUACUGCUCAGUAAUUCAUUCAACGCACUCGUACGAUAUUCAUUUCAAGACUUUGAAGAUUUUUACACGCUGAUCUUCAAGAAUGCGAACUAACCCAGUUUAAAUCAUCUGAAUAUUCAAUAGCAGAAUGAGUGUUGACAUUUUGUAGAAUAAGUAUGUCUGAAAGUGAAAUGCAAUGUUGAUGAAGACGAAGCAUCAUGUUUUGCUGAAGAUUGAGGCGCCUGUCGCCUGCUGAGAAUUUUCACAUUCAGAUUAGUUGCAGUUGUUUCCUUUGGUGCAUAUUUGAACCUUAAAAUAAAGUAAUAUAAUUAAAAAAAAAUAAAUUCUUUUGUGCGCAAAACAAGUCGCACAAAAUCCAUCAAU